GAUCAGGCCCAGAACAUCCACAAGGUUGUGACAGAGGUCUACAAGGAUAUGAUUCCAAAUAUCAUGACAGACCCCGCAGCAUUUGCCUACGUCGCUGUGACACUGAACUUGUUCGGGGAGGACCUCUAUCAUCGCAGAGGAGGUCGCGGAAAGGUCAAGGAGUGGAGUGAGACUGAGGGUGGAAAGCUCAAAUUGAUUGCGCAGCAUGUCAUCAAUUUGACAUACCGAACUGUGAAUGCAAGGCAACCUCGAGUCAGGGUCCUGAAACAAAUUGUGGCCUCCCACCGCGGCUUUGUAUGUUCCUUGGAUGGUACUGGUGCUCCUGAAGGUUCACUGGGUAGUGGGCCAUCGUCAGACUCUCUGGCGAUUGCUGAUGUGGAGAAUCAGGACCCACUGGAGAAAACUCCGUACAAGAGUCCCCAGUGCCCACCCUUUGAUUCAGAUGAUGAGGAAGACAAAGGGGUCAAGGUGCCGGAGAGUACGAAGGUGAUCUUGGAGGAGAAACUGGUAGCUGUCAAGGAUGAGUUCCACAUGCUGCUGGACAAAUGGUGCCAAACAAAGUUAGGACUGUCGGUAAAGGACGCGGAGUCAGUGGUCAUCAGCAACCCAAUGGCAAUGUUUGCCGACUUCCACGGUUUCUAUUUGAAACAUCGAAAGGAGGACCGUGGCCCUCUGAUUCCUGAGCCACCUCAGCCUGCAAAGACACCGAUGCCUGUGAAUCCUCACAGUUUUGGGGACUUGGGAGAUGAUCAGAGGAAGGCAAAGAAACAACAAAAGAAGGAGGCUGCACAAGCUGAAAUGGAAAAGGUGCAGGCGGCACAGGCGAAGAGAGAUGAAAGAGAGAGGGUGAAGCAGGAAAAGGCGAUGCAAAUGGAAGAAAAAAAGAAAGAGCGAGAAGAGAAGAAGAAAGCCAAAGAGGCAGAGAAAGAACAAAAGGCACUUGCACGACAGGCAAAGACGAAGAAGGGAAAAGGUUCGAAAGUAAAUGAAGAGCCCCGGGAUGCACAGGAUGGUGGGGAGGCCUGCUCUCCUACCCCGAAAACACCAAAGAGGCCAUGUCCAAUCCCGGCCACCCCACGCCAAAAAACGAUGGUGAAAAGGAGGAGGGAAGCAGUUGCUGCGGGGGUGCCUGCAGGUGCUAGCAAGGCUGAGGGCUGUGGCCAGGAUGGCAAGGUUAAGGAUGUUGAGAAGGAAGAGGCCUUGGCAGCAAAGGUCAAGGCCAACCAUGACCUGUUAAAGGGCGUUCUGGAGUUUGGGGCUGAUGUGCAUACUUUUCCCACCCUUGAGGCCAAUCCAACACUGAAGAGUUUUACUGUGCGCCCCUUUGGAGAAGAGGCUGACAAGAAGAAUCGAGAUGGGGGUGGCAAGAAGAGCAGCAUAGGUGUUAUUCUUUUCCGUUCUUCGUUUUACGUGUACAAGGCAAAGGUUCCAGAAGGACUCCAGGCAAUCCUCACUCAGAAAGGGGUCACAGGAGAAGUGAAAAACGAUGGUGGGGGAGGUUGUGCCAUGGAUCGCCAGAACAAGGACAAGGCCCCUGCCUAUGUUAGAGGAUCCAUGCCUUUGAUUUUGCAGCGGCGUCUUCAUUGCGACAGCGGGACUGGCAAGGGCCUGGAUGGGCAAGUUGAGUUAUCAGCUGUGGAAAUCUUUUCUGGAAGAUCUACGGUGGUGAAAGGCUUUCGGUGUCGCCAACGCCUUUCGCAAGGGUUUGACCUAUCCCACGAUCCAGUUUUUGGUGACUUCACUAGCGAUGUGGGGUUCAUGAAAUCCAUCGAACUGGUCCUGCGAUUGACUCUUGAUGGGCUACUUUAUGGAGGAUUGCCCUGCGCAUCCUUUGGCUUCCUUUCAAGCCCCACCCAUGAGAGGAGUGGUGGCAAAGAUCUCACUGCUUCUGGUGCCUACCCGUUUCAAUUUGGCCACAGGGUGGCGCGACUUCACACAAAAUUCAUGGAUACUAAGCAUGCAUACAGGGAGACCAGUGACUUGAAAGCUUUGUUCAAAGCUGGAUUCCAGGAUCCUGGCGAUGCUUGGAAGUUUGCGGAACUUGGAUCUUUGAAGGGUGUUUUGAUGGCAGCCGCCAAUGCUGGAAAGUUCAUCCCAGUUAAAUCUGACUUUGAUGAGACCAGUGAACUUCGUUCUAUCCUACAGCAGGUUGCCGAUGUUCAGAAAGCUUCAGCUGAAACUGGCGACCGAUUGCCUGUGGCUUCACAGAAGUCUUCGCAAAUUCCUGCAGCAGGGUUCACCCCAGGGCAGACACCAAUCAAGAGCCCAGAGGCCAAGAAAUUGAAGGUAGUGGAAUCGCCACCAAAGAGGGAGCUCGAAGAACAUUGGACUGGUGCUGCUCCUCUAAGCCUGAAGGUUUGUUUACAGGACCUUUUCUCUGUGGGAUGGAAUCCAGAACCUCAAGCCUGUGGCAUGCACAGACUCUUGGAGGAAGCGAUCAUGUGGCUGAAGUCGCUUCAGAAAGCGCCCCCUGCCAAUGUGGAUGUUCCCCCGGUACUGGAGGAGUUGCUCUCACAAUUCUCAAGCUUGACCUCGUCUACUCAACGGCUUGCUGCCUGCAGGAUGGAGAAUGAGAAGACCCUUGCUACUGCCAGGCUCACAGUGGAGCAACGGUUGCAGGAAGUGAUUUCUGCGACCUCGUGUCAUCCGCGAGAUGUGGGGGAAGACAUAAUUGCCCAAAAGCGUGGUGUGCUUGAGGGUUGGCUUGCGAGAAAGGAGGACUUGGCCAAGAAUGCGGUUGAGAAGCUUGAAGCUCAGCACUCAGAGAUUCGCCAUGUCUUUGAAGACAAGAUUGAGGAAGCCAUUCGCUUGGCUUAUGGGGAGUGGAAAAGUACGGCACCAACACUUUGUCUGGAUGAUGAUGACCUUCUUAGGGAACUUGAUGCUGACUUAGAGGCUGCUCUCAAUGCCAGCCAACCUCAAAGGGAAUUUCUUCCUGAAAAGCCUAUGGGGCCUGAGGCUGCUGCUGAGGGUACUACAUCCUCUACUUCACCUACGCCUGGGGCUCCAGUUCUGCAAAAUCCUCCUGAGAAGCCUGAUGGUUCUACACCUGCUCCUGAGAAGCCUGAUGGUUCUACACCUGCGGUUGCUGUUGAAACACCCCUGCAAUCGGAGGCUGUGAAGUCAGGUGCGGCUACUACUGAGGGAGAUCGAAAAGUCAAGCACCAGAUCAUCGUUCCAAAGGGUGUGGGCAUUCCUGUGAUCCAGAAGAAGGUGAAUAUCUUCGACCCUGCAAUUUGCAAAGGCCUUGACUGGAAUGACCCAGAGACUGGGAAGAGUGGUGGUGAGAAACCUGGUGAUUCCAUGCCAAAGGCGGCCUCGCCUUGCACUACCCUUGUACCUUCGCAGGCUGCCACUCCCAGUGCUACACCUGCCGAGAGACGAGCUUCGGCCAUCCAGAGGGAGUUCCGACGACAAGACACGACGGACUUGGAUCAGGCUGAGCUGGACAAGAUCAAAGUGAUCAUAGAUGGGAAGACGAUGUACAAGCACAAGGAGAAGCUUGAGACUUGGGAAGAGAGGGAAGCCAGGCUUCUCCACAACUCGUACAUGAAGUUUUACAGGAGCUUCCAAGACCGGAAGCUUUUGGCCCUCUUGUACGAAGAUUGGCUCCAAGCUGAAGGUGAUUGGUCGAAGAGCAGCAUCCACUACAACAGCUUGGAGAAGAGCAAGUACAAGAAACGUGGCAAGUACGUGUACAUGUCCUACAAGGAUGUUGAAGAGAAGUAUGGGUCCCACAUCGCCAAGGGCAUCAAAAAGAGCAAGCUUGAGUUGGAGGAGAGCCGUGCCGAACAUGAAGAUCCCUGGUAUUGCAAACACCCGGAGGUUCAGGAUGAGGCAUGGGACUUGAUGCGAAUGUGGGACUCACUUGUCUUGGAGGAAAGCCAUGAACAGCAGCAGGAGUGGGGAAUUCAUCAUGAAGGUGUGAAGCGCCCCUCCCAAGGUGCUUUGCCACCUGCGCCGGAUGCAAAGGCAAAGCCGAAACCCAAGCCCAAAACUCGUACUGAAAAAAAGGAGACCAAGCCCAACUACAACAAAAAAGUGGGGUCAAAGAUCAGCCAGCUUUCCGGGAAAGUUACUGAGAUUCGAUGUUUGCAAACCAAUCUUCAGUCCUCUUCGUUGUCGGAUGGCAUGAAGACUGCCUACACUGAUGAGCUGAUGGCCCUGAUGAAGGAAACUGACACAUUGAGAACCCGAAUGGAGUCUUGGUAUGCUCUCCGCCUUGAGGAUGAGAAGGUGGUUGAUGAUAAGCUCAGUGAAUAUAGUGGGAUCAUGGAUGCUUUUGAUCAGGUGUUAGCCAAGGCGACCAAUUCCAUGAAACUCGUGAAGAAUGCCAUUGCGCCUCCCAAAGUGGCCAAGGCGAAAUCUCUGGCAGGUGUUGGUGCACCCUUAAGAUCACCUCUAUUCGACUAUGUCAUGGAGACUGCAGGGGGUGGUGAGUCUUGCCUGCACUUCCUCACUCCUUUCGCUGUGUGCUUCUUGGAGCUGAAAUUUCAUGGAGUCCAGAUGGCUGGACCUGCCAAAGCUUUGCAGCAAACAGGAACCGCUGGCCGUCACAAGGUACCACUUCAAAUGGUGUCGGUUCCCAUGAAAGUCCACAAGCUGAAGAAGGAGCAAAGCUUGGGGUUUGAGACGUUGGAGGCCUUCUUGCAACCAGUUGCUGAUUCAUUGAACAGACUUUAUCAUGGAGUUGAUGUUGUUCUGGAUGGAAAACAGCACACGAUCCGUGCCAUGGUGACGCAGUAUCGGGGCGAUUGGAAGUGGCACAGGGCACGUGUCGUGGUGGCCUGGCUCUCUGAAACUAUGGUGCGUGAUCAAAGCCUGAACUCUUACUACCGCUUGGCCCAGAAAUCUGUUGAGCUGGGUCUUCAAAACCUUUAUCCUAUCAAACCCAAAUGCCAUGAAGAUUGGAACCGAUUCGCGAUCCGCAUCGCUUCCAUGGGACAUGUGAACACCCUAGAAUUGGGGCUUUUGCGGGGUGUCUACUU